AUGGCCAAGAGGACCUCUCCGAUGGAGGGUCCACCAGCAAAAAAGGUUCACUUCGAGCCAUUCCGAAUCGGAGCGGUUUCGAAUCUCGAGGAUUUGGACACAAGAACUCUCCAAUUCCAAAACAGGAAACUCGCUCAGAGGUUGGAACAGCGGCUCCGUCACGAGCAGGAGCUCCGAUCUCGAAUCGAACAGCUCGAGAAACGCCAACAAAGUGACGAGAACGUAAUCACCACUAUUAAUAGAUAUUGGAAUCAAUUCAACGAAGAGUUGAGGUUACUGCUUCAGAGGUUCGACGCGGAGACCACCGACGAAUCGGAGAAGGAGAAUGAAAACGAGGCAAUCACAUCCUUCGUGACAGCCCUCGCGCAAUGGGACAAGGAGGAGUUGGAGGAGCGUCUCGGUCAGAGAGUCCAGGUCUCCAUGAGAGCAGUUUCCAAGCUUCUGCAAGUGUUCGAUCGACUCAUGCAACGGAAUUUGAAGAUCAUGCAGGCUGUGAACGGCGAGACCGAUGCGACGCCCGAUUUAGAUAGCGCAGUCAAGAGUCUCAACAAGGAACUCACCGAAGAGAACCAGCGCCUGCAAGCUCUGGUCACGAAACUUAGCGAAAAAGAUCAUUGCGCACAGCUCCGGUGUACCGCCCUCCAAGAUAAAAUGGACUCUCUCAAGACAAAGAAUGACGAAUUCAACAACAAGAUCGAGGAGCUCGAGUACGAGUUGCAGAAGAGCUGGGCCCGGUGUGAAAAGCUCGACUCGAAUCUGGCAGAAUGUCUGCAACGCUUGAAAAACGCACAACCCUUGGCGUUCAGUUCGGACGCUGCGAAAACGGCGAAGAACGCCGACUGUACAAAAGACGCCUCUGUGCCCGCAGAAGCUUCGUGUGUUUCGAAUGUGCGAGUCGAGGAACUGCAGUCUCUCGUCGAAGAACAGAAGGAGCUGGCCCAGGGCCGACUGCAGGAACUCGAACAGUUGAACGAGGACCACAAAGAUUCCUUGAGGACGAUCGAGAGACUGAAAAUGGACAUUCAGUGCCUUCCCGAGCGUGUGGUUAUCGAGACUGCGGAGUACAAAUGUUUGCAGAGUCAAUACAGUGUUCUUUACAAUGAGAGCAUGCAGCUGCAGACUCAGCUCGAGGAGCACAGGCAGCAGCUCAUCGCUUCUAAGCAGGCUCACCAACGAACCAUCGAACGGAUGGAGAGUGAAGAACUGACCAUGCAGAAGAAGCUCCGCACGGAGGUCAUUCGUCUUGAGGACGCUCUAGCUCAGGUCCGCAAAGAGUACGAGAAACUGCGCAUCGAAUUCGAACAGAAAGUCACCGCUAGCGAACAAAUUGCUCCCAUGAAUCGAGAAAUGCGACAUCUCAUAGAAACUUUACAAAACCACAACAAACAACUCAAGGGCGAGACGCUUCGGUAUAAGCGGAAAGUCAAGGAAUUCACUCAAGAAAAUGCUCAAUUGAAGACAGAACUCAAUUCUCAAGGCCACCAUCAUGUCACAUCAUCAUCGGAGAACUUGGCGUUGGGGGAUCCUUCCGUCGCAACAUCCUCUGCAGAAGGGAAUUUCAGAGACGGACCUGGCUCGUCGGAUUGUUCAAGACGAGAGGACGGCGAGGAAAUCAUGCUAGAUAUGGAACUCCCGUGCUCCAUGAUGAGUGACUGACACACGAAUUCCCAGGAACUGGAACGCGAUCGGGGGAAAAGCGACGAAGAAAUCAUUCGCGAGCUCCGGAGUCAGCUCAAGCAAUCGGAAGAUGGACGGAAGGAAUUGAAAGUACUGCUAGACACGUACAAACAGAUCCCUAAGGAGACCAGAGAUAAGGCAACCCUGUUGGCUGCUGAGAAGAGGGCCCUCGCAGAAGUUGAAAAGAUGAAGGAGCAACUUCGGAAGCUGGUGGAGGCCGAACGGAAGGAGCGCCGAAAACUCGCAGACGAGGAAGCACUCAGAAAAAUACGAGUGCUCGAGGAACAGGUCAACAAACUCAAACAAAAUCUCGCAGCUCAGAAGCAGGAGGAGGACGCUGUUCUGAAGGACCUGGACGUGACAGGGCAAGCCUUCGAGGACAUGCAUGAACAGAAUCAGCGCUUCAUCCAACAGCUGAAAGAAAAGGACGAUGCCAAUUUCAAGCUGAUGAGCGAGCGAAUCAAGGCGAAUCAAAUGAUUAAACUCCAGAAAGAAGAGAAAAUCAUGCUCGGGGAGCAAGUCAGCACUCUCCAUAGCCAGGUCGAGGCUCAAAAUCAGGUGGUGAGGAGGCUGGAAGAGAAAGAACGUCUGCUGCAAACUCAGCUCGCCACUGCCGAGAAAGAACUCGCGCUCCGGCAGCAAUGCAUGGAGCUCCACAAGCGGAAAGCCCUAGAGGCCACGCAGUCCGCAGCCGAUCUGAAGCUCCAUUUGGAAAAGUAUCUCGGUCAAUUGAAGGAAGCCCAAGCCGCUGUUAGUGAAAAAGCAGGAGCCUACCGAGAGGAGACGUUCAAGAGCAGGCGUCUCCAUGAGGAGAUCAUGUCACUCAAACGGAAGCUCGAACGUGCGAAGAAGUUCGAGCUUGCGUCGAACACGGAUGAAGUGCUCCUGGAAGAAAUCCGGGAGUACAAAGAAACCCUUACGUGCCCAUCGUGCAAGGUCAAGAAGAAGGACGCGGUCUUGUCGAAAUGCUACCACGUAUUCUGCUACGACUGUUUAAAAACCCGCUACGAGACCAGGCAACGGAAGUGUCCGAAGUGCAACGCACCGUUCGGAGCCAAUGAUUACCAUAGGCUGUACCUAACCUGA